GUUCUUUAUAAGUACAAAAGAAAUUACAUUGCAGGCGCCUAUGUAAUGUACAAUAAACCACUUUCUAAGGAAAAAAAGGCAAUAAUUAAAUUAAUUCAAUUUAUUAUAAACAUUGUUCUUUUCUUCUGUUAUUGGCAUUUAGUUAUUGUUUAUUCUAAGGAUUCAGAAGACAAUACACACUUAUACUGUAGGGUUGUGUGUUUGCUUCAGAAUGGUUUAAACUCUGUGUUGUGUGUGUACUUGAAAUGUCCUCCAGGAUUAUUAGGAUGCAGGCUUGAAAAAUAACAAUUUUCUUUGAAUAUUCACAUUAAUAUAAACUACAAGGCCGGAUAAAUACUAUUUAACAAAACCAGCAAACAAUACAAUUAUAGUAACUGAAAACUAGACGUAUAUAAUCUAUGGGAGUGAUGAAAACACGAUUAUAAAUUUCACCAGUACAGUUUCUCUAAUAUGAAACAUCUUAAACAUUUUUAAAGGCAUAUAAUCUGCCUUAAACACAUCAGGAUGUUCCUUACUCUUGUUUUCAGAUCCAUUAUGAUAAAACAAUCCUGAAAACUGAAUGUGAUUAAAUAGUCCUCACUUAUUUUUAUAGAUCUAAUCAGCACAGACAUACCAGCCCCUUUACAUCCCGUGUGUUUAAGUUAAUAACCUGUUGGAAGAGAGUAAAAUGUGUCUCCUUGCACCUCUGCUCUGUGCUGAAAACGCAUAAUGGGCUCUUUCCAAUACAAAACACACUUAUGUCAUUCAUUAGAUGGGCAAACACCCUAAUGUGUUGGUGCCCCAAGCAGGUCACCUCAAGGUCAGCACCAGAUGACCAGCACUCACCCCGACUCACUUCAAAUGUCCCCAUCAUCACUGUGUCUGAACAUUCUUGGGAUUUCAUUAAUAAUUGUUUAAUAGCACCUGACAGAGCUUGAAGGUUUAGUCUGUGAUCGGGUUUAAAAGACUUCACCUCUUUGUUGUUCUAGGUGUGGUAAAAAUGUAGCCAUUCAUAGGUUUUAAUAGAGGACAGAAGUAUAAGGAAGAUUAUAAGAAGAAUUAAUCAUUCAUUUGUAGCUUUCCGUAGCACUUUAGUAGCACCAAGUCUGUGGAUUUGUGGCAGGCAAAUCUUUUUGUUUAGUUUGAAAAUAGCUUAUCUGACUUUAAUUUGUGUCGAUGAUUUCAAACAAGUUAAAUACAAAUAAACAAGAAAACAAUGGACCCAGUAGUGGAAGCGCUGGCAGGCUUUAUGGGCUUUUUGAGCUGGAUUAUGGUUGGUUUUGCCCUUCCACAUCGAUACUGGAAGGAGUCUACGAUGGACGGUAACAUUAUUACCAUUUCAACCGUCUACGAAAACCUAUGGAUGUCCUGUGCUACUGAGUCUACUGGAGUUCACACCUGCCGGGAUUUCCCUUCUCUAAUUGCACUGAGUGGGUACAUUCAAGCCACCCGAGGACUGAUGAUUGCCUCCAUUGUGCUUGGGACAUUUGGCAUUGUGGGUACUCUCAUAGGAAUGCAGUGUUCCAAAAUAGGAGGCGAAAACUACGUUCUUAAGGGGAGGAUAGCAGCAAUCGGAGGAGUGUUCUUUAUACUUCAAGGGCUCUGCACCAUGAUUGCCGUGUCUUGGUAUGCAGCCAACAUCACCCAGCAGUUCUUUGACCAAUUUUAUGCAGGAAUAAAGUAUGAGAUUGGACAGGGCCUCUACAUCGGCUGGUCUUCUGCUGUCCUUGCACUCUGUGGAGGCUCGUGUCUGUUAUGUGCCUGCAUAUCCAACAGCCCUGGUGAAAAAACCCCUUAUCCGUACCACCCACCCUCCAGAGGACAGGUGCGGUCAACAGUAGCAACGUCUCAAACUCCCAGCAACUAUGGAAGAAACGCUUACGUCUGAGAAGUCCAAGGAAAGCAGACCCUCAGAGCUGUCGAGGGUCCCCUGACUGCUGACGUGUGGACCAGCCGUGCUACAGAGGCGUACCUUGGUGUGUCCUGCCAUUACAAUGGUGUUCUGCUGAGCUGUGGUGGCCUCAUGGAGGGGGCCAUCGGCUUGAACACUGUUGCUAACCACUUAAACCUUCUCCCUCUCCUGAUAAUAACACUUUACUUUCUUUGACAUUGAAUGUGCUACUACUAGUUUACCCUUUUAAUUAUAGAUUCACUAGAAUAAAUACAAUAAAGUUUAUCUCUCAGCAAAUAGAAUAUUUACUAAGAAAUCACAAUGUAACCAUAGAAACAGUACUUGGUAUUUAUGUUGUGUGCGUGGAUGUGUGUGUGU